CAUUUAUCAGUAUACGUCCAUUUGUUCAACAAGUUUAUAACCCAGUUAAAGUUUAACAGUUCGUUUCCAUAAAUAUUUAACGUAAAUGUUACGGAAGUAUAAAUAAACAAACAAAAUUGCGAAUGAAAUCAAAGAAUUUAAAUAUGGAUGUUACUACUAAAAAUGAAGCAGAGACAAAUCGAAUCGAUGAAUCUAUAGCUGAAAUCGCAAUCAGCGAAACUGGUUUUGGAAAAUUCAGCGUCAAAGUAACUGUAAUAAGUUACCUAAUUUAUUUGAAUUUGACAAUUGGAAUUAUAUCAACGGGAUUUGUACUGCCUGCAGCUGCUUGUCAUUUGCAAAUGAAUAUUGUGGACAAGGGUUUAAUAACUACUGCAUUUUUUGUAGGGUCUUGUUUCAGUGCAGUGAUCAGUGGAUUUUUAGCCAAUAUCAAAGGUCGAAAAUGGAUUUUGUUAGUGGCAUUAUUCCUUCAAGGAAAUGCCGAUUUUCUCCUAUCAAUUUUAUCCAAUUACUGGAUUAUAUUUGGAUUGAAAUUUCUUUCUGGAGCUGGAUCGGCUGGUCAGAACAUUGUCUUUACUUAUUUAAGUGAAUGCCUACCUAUGAAGAAUAGAAGUUUUAUUUUAUCAAAUAUGGAAUUUUUUUGUAUUUUUGGACAUGCUUUUGCAGCUGCCGUAGGAUUAGGUAUAAUUCCUUUAUACUUGGAUCUCGAAAUGAAGUAUUUUUCAUUUCAUUCCUGGAAUCUGUAUAUUAUAAUUUGCUCACUGCCGGCUUUCAUUUUGGGUUUUUGUUUAAUGUUUUUGCCCGAAACACCAAAAUUUCUUGCAGAAAGUGGCUCGAGGGGCGAAUUACUAAAAGUUCUAAUUAAAAUGUAUGAGCAAAAUAGUGGAAAAUCAGGAAAAGAGUACAUGAAAAUAUUAUUAAGAAGUAACAACACAGCACUUACAGAAUUGGUGAAUAAAAAUAAAGAGGAAACUGAGGAAAUUGAAAAUCUCAGUAAAAAUGUAACAGUAAAAUCGCAAAUUGGUAACGAACUGGAGCAAAUAAGGAGUAUUUUUAAACCUCCUUUUUUAAAAAAUACUUUACUGGCAUGUAUUACUGCAUUCACUGUUACAUCCUCUUUUUAUGCCCUCUAUCUAUGGUUACCAGAAAUUUUCCAAAGAUUCGCAAAUUUUCAAGCUGAACACUCGGGAGAGAAUUCUAAUUUUUGCUCUAUUUCAAAGGACACAUUUUCUACUAUAAAAAGUAAAAAUAUCCACGAUUGUGAUACACCAAUAGACAAAAAUGUAUUUAUAAAUAACUUGAUUUUGUGCUCAUCUUGUAUUCCAAUAAUAAUUAUAGUUACAUUGUUAGUUAAACGCUAUGGCUUGAAAACUUUACUAGUUUCAUGGUGUCUACUAUGUAUUCUUGUAACAAUCGGUAUCUAUUUCUCAAAUUCAUUUCAUCAAAAUUUAAUUUUACUAUGUUUGUACUUAUCCUUUACAUCAACAAGUGUGACUCUGCAAUUUGCAUUCUUCGUGACAAUUUUUCCAACUAAUUUCAGAUCAUCGGGUGUAAUUGUUACAAGCUUGUUAGUCCGCACAGGAGCAGUAUUUGGAAAUUUUACCUUUAGUUUUCUUAAGGAUUACUGCUUCUAUUUUAUAUUAUCAAUAUGUUUAUUACUUUUAGUUGCAGCGAUAUCGACAACUUUAAUUCGCGAGAAAAAGGAUAAAUAGAAAAAUAAUUAGCUUGUCUUUGUUAAUAUUAAUAGCAAACUACAUUGAAAAAAAAUUUAUUUGAUUCAAAUAACCGACU